GUGUGUGCCAGUAGUCCUUCUAUCCCACCCCACCUGCCUCGGCAGCUGCUGAUACCAGAGCGAUGCUGUAGCUUGCCAUCUGGCCCGAUGUCACUUCUCAAAUGCGAGGCGCACUCGUGUAGUUAAUAGUUAAAAACACGGAGGUUCGCAGCUGUCCUGGACAGCCAGAGUGGCUUUGCUUCUGCUCCUCUGCGAGUGUGUGUAAACGUAUGAGCCUAAAUCUGCUGCUAUCUAAUUGAGGUGUUGGGAUUCCUCGCAUGAGAAGUUGAUUUGUAGUUUGAACACGUGGCUCAUUCAAAAAGCCGGAAUAUUCAAGUGAUUUUCUCUCCUCUUCCCUCCUCCCCCUCUAGAUUUUGUUUUUUUUUUAAUGGCGAGGUGGUGUGCCUACAUUCAUGUAUUGUAAUAUUUUUAUACUCCGCCUGCUGCUGCCAAAGGGCCUUGGUGGCAAGACAAAAAUAAAGUAGUUUCCCCCGAUCUCUCCUCCUUUUUCUUUUCUUUUCUUUUCAACCCACCAUCCUGCUUCCAAAAGCAUCAUGAUUUCCUCUAUCUCUCCGGAUAAUGCAGCGUUUAGUAUUCCGAUUUGAUCACAGGCUCCCCCCCACCUUUUUAACUCCAGUAAGAGAGAGGAAAAAGAGGUGUGGGUGUGGAAGGGACGGAUACAAGCAGCGGCGGCUCCCCCCCCCCCCUUCUUGGUGUUUGUUUGUUUUGGCAAGAUGGCGUGUGUGUGUUUUAAAGCUAAGCUCUAUAUUUCAUUAAUAAGAAAAUGAAUAAGCUGUACAUUGGGAACCUUGGCAAAAACACGAGCCCUCUGGACCUAGAAAGUAUCUUUAAAGAGUCCAAGAUCCCUUUCACCAGUCAAUUUCUCGUUAAGACGGGAUACAUGUUCGUCGACUGCCCCAAUGAAAACUGAGCUAUGAAGACCAUUUGAGGCACUUUCAGUUGGGAGAAUGUCCUCCAACUUCUCGACCUUAGCUACCCUUCCCUCCGCCCCAUUAUCUUUCCGGGCGCUAUUCUCUUCGGCUCAUGUCCUGGUCGUUCCUGCCUCCGAAUAUAGUAUGUUUUCAAAUGCACUGAAGAACUGCAGGAAUCAGAAGACGGAGCACUCCAUGUUCAAUCAGAGAACAGAAGAAUCCUCUGCAGCUCAAUACUUUCAGGUAGAGGUUCAUUGCAUCACAAUCCUACAAGAGUUUUAUGGAUGCUUAUCUCAGCAGCAGAAUAUGAUGCAGGAUUUUGUGAGAACAGCCACAUAUCACAGAGCAAUACUGCAGAACCAUAUUGAUUUUAAAGAUAAGGUGGUCCUAGAUGUUGGCUGUGGAUCAGGAAUCCUUUCAUUUUUCGCUGUGCAAGCUGGAGCUAGAAAAGUCUAUGCUGUUGAAGCUAGCUCUGUGGCAAAAUAUGCCGAGAUUCUAGUACGGAGUAACAAUCUUUCUGAUAAGAUCACCGUUCUGUCAGGAAAAAUUGAGGAAAUCUCCCUACCUGAGAAUGUAGAUGUAAUUGUUUCUGAACCAAUGGGCUAUAUGCUGUUCAAUGAGAGGAUGCUGGAAAGUUACCUCCAUUCCAAGAAGUGGCUGAAGUCAAAUGGAAUGAUGUUUCCAACAUUUAGUGACAUUCAUUUGGCUCCUUUUUCCGAUGAACAGCUCUACAUGGAACACUACUCCAGAGCCAAUUUUUGGUACCAGCAAUGCUUUUAUGGAGUCAAUCUGUCCAGUCUCCGCAGUGCUGCUGUGGAUGAGUACUUCAGGCAACCUAUUGUAGACACAUUUGACAUUAGAAUUUUGAUGGCUAGGACAGUGAAAUACACUGUCAGCUUUACAGAAGCAGAAGAAGAAGAUUUACACAGAGUGGAAAUCCCCUUUGUUUUCCAAAUGAUGCAGUCUGGACUAAUCCAUGGCUUGGCAUUUUGGUUUGAUGUGGCAUUUGUUGGCUCGCUGGUAACAGUUUGGUUGUCAACUGCUCCAACAGAACCCCUCACACAUUGGUAUCAAGUACGCUGCCUUCUUCAAACUCCUCUCUUUGCCAAAGAAGGGGAAACUCUUUCAGGGAAAGUCCUUUUUGUAGCAAAUAAACGCUUUUUUGAUUGCCUGUCAAAGAGAUGUACUACAACAGCUCAUUCAAACUCAAAGAAAACUAGGCAAGCUUCGCAGGAAAAAUCUGGGCAGAGUUAUGACAUCCAGAUUGUUGCUGUAGUGGAUGAGACAGGCUUCAAAUCAGGCAAUGUCCUUGAUUUAAAGAAUCCAUUUUUUAGGUAUGCUUAGGCUAUAAUGAUAUAUACCUGCAGGAAGAAAAUCCAGAAUUAUAACCAAACCAAGUAGCCUGUGAGGUUGAAAGUGUGAAUACUGAACAUGCUGCUGCUCCUGUGAAAUUUAUCUGUACAUAUCUGAAAGGAAGUAUUUUAUGCACAUUGCAUAAUAAGGACAUAUUUGUGCAGUUCCUUCCCCUUUUUCAAACUAGCAUCCCAAUCUUAAACAUGCCUGUCUGGAAAUAUUUCCCGCUGUGUCCAAUGGUGCUUACUUGGUAAGCACAUUUACUUCAACUGAAAUCAGUGGGUGUAAAUAAAUGUGUGCAGGAUUGGAGUGUUAGAAGAUUUGAAAUACUGUGUUGUUUAAAUUGAUCAAGUAGCAUUAUAAUACCAUAUGGGCAGAGGACUGCUUUUUGUUGGACUUUCCAAGGUAGAUGCUCCUUGGAUUUUUUUUUCUCUUCAAGAAAUAUUCUUAACAAAACCUACCUCAUGUUUCUAUACAUAUAUAGGAUGUAUUGAAUAAAGUGAAUAGUACUCUGAGCUCA